CUUGCGUCGCAGUCCAAUUAAAAGCCUGUGUGGAAGAGGCACCUUGUGUGUCAUGCAUACAUUAGAGACUGUGAGCGAGCGAGGGGUCUGGAGGGAGACCGAGGAGGCGCUACCCGGAGAGUGUCAUCACAGAUUACCAGGAGAAGGAGACGCUCGCUGUCUCUCCUGCUUUUGGCAGCAGCCAACACGCUGCGCGCCAGCCGCCGCCGCCACAGCUCCGCUGCAGCCCACCAACUCUCUCUCUCUCUCUGCUUCUCUCUCUCUCUCUCUUUUUCUCUCCCCGUUGCUUCCUCUCAGCACUCGUCUCUUUAUCUUCUACAGCUGUACUUUACUAUCACCUUGUCUUCUUGAAUUUCACUUCUUGGUGGCAUAGAAAAAGAAAAAAAAAUGGAUCUAUAAUUUUUUUUUUCUCUCAAACUUCCCAAACAAACCCGUCUCUCAGAGAGGCAAUAAGUUUGUUUUUUUUUUAAUCGUCUUUUUGCAUAUUUUUAUUUUUUUUUCUAAUGGCAACACUUGCUCAUGGUGGUCUAACUGAGACGGGAUGCUUCAGGAUUUAAGCGCGAGCGUCCUCUUUCCGUCGUGUCUGCAGCACCGAACUUUUGCUCAAGUUCCCGACAAUGACGAGCAGUUUGUCCCAGACUUCCAGACAGAAAACUUGGCUUUCCACGGACUGCAGCUGAAGAUCAAGCGGGAGCUGCACAGCCCGUGCUCAGAGCUGAGCUCCAACUGCAGUCAGGAGCGGCCCUUCAAGCUCCAGUAUGGAGAGAAGUGUCCGUACAGCAUCAGUGCCUAUGAGCAGAAGCACCACACAGGAAUGAAGCCCUCCAGCCCAGUGACGCCCCCCUGCAGCACCCCGGUGUCCCCCCUUCACCAUGGCUCGCCCACACCCAAACCGGACCGGACUUACGCCCACAUCCCGCCCUCGCAGCCUCUCCCGGACAGCGCCUACUCCAUGGACCACAGAUUUCGACGUCAGCUCUCUGAGCCGUGUCACUCGUUUCCCUCCCCGCCGACGAUGGCCCGGGACAGCCGGCCCAUCUACCACCGGCAGCUGUCGGAGCCCAGCAUCCCCUUCCCCCCUCAAGGCUUCAAGCAGGAGUACCCGGACCCCCUGUUCGAACACCCGGCCAUGAUGGGAGCGCCGCUGCCCCACGCCUACCCAGCCAGCAUGAUGAUCAAGCAGGAGCCCAGGGACUUCACCUACGACUCAGCAGAAGUGCCUAGCUGCCAUUCUGUCUACUUACGGCAAGACGGCUAUCUGGCUCACACUAACAGGACUGAAGGUUGUAUGUUUGACAAAGUGGUGAGGCACUUCUACGACGACACCUGCGUCGUACCUGAAAAAGUCGAAGGUGACAUCAAGCAGGAGGCGGCCCUGUACCGCGAGGGCCCGUCCUAUCAGCGCCGAGGCUCGCUGCAGCUCUGGCAGUUCCUGGUGGCUCUUCUGGACGAUCCGUCCAACUCACACUUCAUCGCCUGGACCGGCCGUGGCAUGGAGUUCAAACUCAUCGAGCCAGAAGAGGUGGCGCGUCGGUGGGGGAUCCAGAAGAACCGGCCAGCGAUGAAUUAUGACAAACUCAGCCGGUCGCUUCGCUAUUACUACGAAAAGGGAAUCAUGCAAAAGGUUGCCGGGGAGAGAUACGUCUACAAGUUUGUGUGCGACCCGGAGGCCUUGUUCUCGAUGGCGUUCCCCGACAACCAGCGGCCGGUGCUGAAGACGGACAUGGAGCGUCAGAUCAACGAGGAGGACACUGUGCCGCUGUCGCACUUUGACGAAAACAUGGCGUACGUUCAGGAGGGGCCCUACUGCCAGCCGCACCCCUACAGCGAAGGCUAUGUUUAUUAGCGACACGCGCACCUUCACUCCGCCGUGCCGCCCCCCUCCUCCGUACACCUGAGACUGUCAUGUCCUCUGAUUCACAGUCGCUCGGGGAAAAAGACUGAACACACACAGAGUGGCACUUCCCUCAAUCUGCCCAACAUCAACACACUCACUCAUCUUUGCUCUUGUCUUUCUGGCGUCCAGAGAGUGCACUUUAUGGACAGGAACAGCACCAGAGUCUGUGUGUUUGGCGAUUUACCCGUUUAUGUUUGUACAUUACAGCUGAACGCAUUCUGUUUAUCUUUAUUUUUUAUUAUCAUUUUGAGCAUGAGGCUGGAACUUCGGUUUCCUGCAAAAGGAACUCGUCUCUGCACAUGUGAAGCAAAUAGAAGAAGGAAAAACUCUUGUUUUGUCCUAAUGCAAACAUCUUGUACUGGAAAUCUAACAAUGCUUCCACGGAGACGAGAUUGUUCUUUGAAAGACUGACGCAGUGGUGAAAAAAAGGACAUUUUUAGCCGUUUAGGUGGGAACUUGCUCCCCUCCAGGCUGACCCAGCUCUCUGCCAUGACUCCAACCAAACUGUAGAUCUUCAUCAUGUAGAUGUUUUUGCUGUAACAACAUAAGUUCCUCAUCAACUAAAAAAAAAAAACCUUGUGGGUCACAGCUACAAGGAUGCACUGGAAUCUUUUAGGAUAAUCAUCAGAGAACUCGGUCGCUGUGUAAAAGAAAAAGAGAAAAAAAAACUGAUUUGUAUUCAUUUUUCAUUCAGGUGUUCAGUUUUUCAGUGAAAAACAGGUGACUUCUAUGUACAGUUAAAAUUAAUUCAGAAUACCUAUUGCAUCCCCAAAUUUCAAUAAGUGGAUUUAAUCAGCAAAAGAAAAACAUUUUUUAAAUAUUUUCCUUUACAUUUUUUCAGUUCAGUUCCAGGUGAACGCAAUGUCUUUGUUUCUGAAAAAAUAAAAUAAAAGUUGCUUUGCCAUCAUUAGUUUGCUUUUUGGUAAAACAAAAAGAGCUAUUUAGAAGUUUAUAAUGUGGUGAAAUAAAGGAAGUCGUGUUAUAUUAUAAUGUUGUAUAAUCAGGUACAUGCACAUUUUGUUGCUGCUUCAAAUUGUAAGUGUAUUUUCUAGUCAAGGUAAAAGGAAAUCAAAAAACUGAAAGCGUUUCGCAACUUUGGCCUGCUGCUCUGGAUUUGUUUUGUUUUUUUGUUUGUUUUUUUUUUAUUUGUUGUUUUUUUUUACAUCCAUGCAUCCAGAAAAAAAACGUCUGGUCUGUCUGUUUUACAGAUUUACAUAUGUGGGAUGAGAUUGGCAAUAGGAAUGUUCUGUAAUAAAAUAGUAAAAAAAAAACUCAAUUAUGUCCACUUGUUAAUGCUUACAUAAUUAAACAAUCACAUGAAA